AGGAAAUGCGAGUGCAACGGCGUUGCGGCUGCGCAGGUGCUGAACGUGUCGAACAACUCUCUGGCGUCGCUGCCGGACCCGCCGCCCACGCUGCCCAGCCUGGAGGUGCUGGACGUGUCGGCGAACGCGCUCAAGGAGCUGCCGCCCACGCUGGGCGCGCCCGCGCUGCCCGCGCUGCGACGCCUGCGCCUCGACGCCAACGCCCCGCUCGCGCAGCUGCACCUCAAGCUGCGCGCGCUGGCCGCCGGCGCGCUGGAGGGGCUGCGCGGGGCGGCGCUGCACGAGGGCGGCUGCGCGCCCAAGGAGGGCGACGACGCGCCCGGCCCGGGCCUCGUGCUGCGCCUCGCCCGCAACGAGCAGCUCACGCAGAUCGACGCGGCUGCGCUGGAGGGCGUGCCCGUGUGCGAGCUGGACGUUAGCGGCUGCGCGCUGACGAAGCUGCCCGAGAAGGCGCUGCCCUGGGAGGAGCUGCGCGUCAUCGACCUGCAGGGGAAUCCCCUGGACUGCUCGUGCAGCGAGCAGUCGACUUUUGUCUACCUACUCACUCUCUUGUGGGGAGGCUGGUGGCAUCGACUGGAGGCUGGUGGCAGUCAGGCUGGUGGCAGUCAGGCUGGUGGCAGUCAGGCUGGUGGCAGUCAGGCUGGUGGUAUCGACCUUGACAUCACUGAAGUCUGCUUCUGGCGUGCGUGCAGGUGCAGCACGCCCGCGGCGCUGCGCGGCCGCCGCCUGGUGCACUUCUACGACUGGGAGGGCGCGCUGUGCGCCGAGCGCGAGACCCUGCAGCGCCUGCAGGCGCCCGAGGACGCGGAGCAGCGCUACAGCCUGUCGGCCGGCAGGGGCAUGCUGAUCGCACUGUGCGCCGUCGGCGUCAUUUUUCUCGCCACCGUCAUCGCCGGCCUCACCAUGCACCACCAGGCGCUGCAGCGCCGCCGCCGCCAGAACAGACGCGUCUGA